AUGGUAACACACAACAAUUACAUAAGGCACAUCUUGGCGUUUAGCACGGCUGUCAUUCCUCAUCUGCAUCAGCAGCAGCAGCAGCAACAGCAGCAACGGCAGCAGCGGCAGCGGCAGCAGCAGCAGCGGCAGCGGCGGCAGCGGCGGCAGCGGCGGCAGCAGCAGCGGCAGAAGCAGCGGCAGAAGCAGCGGCAGAAGCAGCGGCAGAAGCAGCGGCAGAAGCAGCGGCAGAAGCAGCGGCAGAAGCAGCGGCAGAAGCAGCGGCAGAAGCAGCGGCAGAAGCAGCGGCAGAAGCGGCGGCAGAAGCAGCGGCAGAAGCGGCAGCAGCAGCAGCGGCAGCAGCAGACGCUACCGUAA